AUGCAAUCGCUUUUACGUUCGCCGCCCCGACGACCGUCUCCACUUCGGUCGUCGGCGCGGAUCGCCGCCCGCAGGGCGGCGGCACCUGCAGCGGCCGGGGUCAUUGAUGCAGCCCCUCUUCCUUGGGAAUCGGCCGGAAACGACCCGGCAGGCUCGCCGUUUGACGGCGGCGGCCAGUCAUUUGCAAGCCCGCCGUCUUCUGUGCUGCUGCGGCGCUCCUCCGGCCGGCAGCCUGGCGCGCAACCACCGCUGCGGCAGCCGCCCGCCGCCAAUGACGCCGGGACGCGAGCGGGCUCUGCAGCGGGCGAGCUCUGCAGCGCCCCAGAAAUAGAGCCAGCAGAUUCACCUCGUGGCUCUAUCAGCCUCGCUGCAGCAGCGCAGGUUCCUACAGAUCUUUCAGAGCUGCGCGCCCGUGCGUCACAGCGCCGCAGCGCCCGUUUCGAUGCCCCAGCCGAGGCAGAGGGCGCGACUGGCAGACUGGAAGCCCUGCUGUCAACAUACCUGGACCAGAUAAACGACAAGUUUACCGCCAUGCAGGUGCAGCACGACGAUGUGCGGGCAGCGGUGGCGGACCUGCUGCGGCAGUCGCAGGCAGCGGACACCAUAUUCCCAAGCGGCCCCGCGUUUGGCCCCACGCCAGCUGAGGCGGCUGGGCGGAGCCCGCCGGCCAGGCCGCCCGCGUCUCCGCAGCAGCAACACGCCCCGGUGCACUCAGCUGCACGUCAAGGCACGGGCCAACCGCCGCCACCGCCCCCUCGCGGCACCGGCCGCGUUGUGCCCGGGCUAUUCGGCGGCUGUGCCGCGCAGCAGUCCUCGUGUUCGGUGCCGGCAACCCCGCCCGCCUCUGCGGCCGCAGCGGAUGCGGCGGCAGCAGCCAAUGCGGCGGCCGCAGCGGCGGAGGCCGGGGCGGCGGCUGUUGCGGCGGCAGUCGCACAGACCUCAUCGGGGCUGGGCGAGCUCCCGCCACCCUCCCUCCUGGCUCAGACUUACCUAAUCCAGGAGCUCUACCACCGGGCCAUCUUUGAGGCCCAGGCAGCUGCGUCGCAGCUAGUGCCCGCUCCGGGCGCUGCGGAGCGCGUUAUUACGCUCCGCCGCGACCUUGCCAACCGCAUGCGGCAGCUCGAAGCGGGCCAGUCCGUCAUGACGGCUGACGACGCAGUGAAAAUUCACACACGUCUUACUGGCCGGGCCCCCACCCAGCCGCAGCAGCAGCUGCAGCAGCAGCCGCAGCAGCAGCCGCUGCAGCAGCAGCUGCACCACCUGCAGCAGCAAGUGCUGCAGCUGCUGCAGCAGCAGCAGCAUCCGCCAAGCACGCCACGGCGCAUGUCGCAGCAGCCGCCGCCACCACCACGGCAACCAAUGCUGUCGCCCCUGGCGGGCCUUCUUGGCCCCGGCGAGUUGUGCGAUAUCAACAAUAGCAAUAUUGGGCAACGGUGCCCGUCUGUUGCCCACCUCGCCGCGUCCGGCCUCGGUGGCGCUGAAGCCUUUCUUGGCGCAGCGGCCCCCACCCUGGCAGGUGGGCUGGGCGCCAUGCAGGGGUACUCGCGGGUGGCCGGGGGAGGGCUCCCCGACCAAGACGCCAUAAUUCAGGCGGGCCUCGCCAUGGGCCGCACUGCCACCACAUAUAUCCACGACCCGCCGCCGGCGAAUGCCCAGAUGGUGGCAGCGGCGGCGGCGCGUGGCCGCACUUUCUCGUUUGAGACGCCGCCGUACAUAGAGGAUUGCGCACUUCCCGGCGGCGGCAUCGAGCCACGGCGCACCUUAGAUUUAUACCAGGAUCUCUCUGAUCCAUCGCGGGUGUCAUAUAGAAUUAGGCGCCCCGCCGCGCGCAAGUCCCUCGCCGCCAUGCUGCGCGAGGUGCCCCACCUACCCGCGUGGGCCUCGGCCUUUGUGCCGUGGACCGCGCAAAUGUGCCUGCUGCGCUUCCUGGACCCCACCAGCGCGCUCGAUUGCUGGGAAUUAGGCACUUUCUUCCAUCGCUGGUACCGAAUCGGGGUGAAAUACACCGAAGUCGGCGAGUGGGGGCAGUUUUUACUGCUUCAGCAGGCCGCGCUGCUGGCUAAGGCCAACAGCAGCGCCUCGUGGUCAGCGCAUGACGGCUUCAUCACGCUAGAGCUGGCCGCCCGUUACGCCGCCGAGACUGCUGCGGCCGCGAUCACGCCGCGCUCGGCUGGCACGGCCAGCGGCGGCGGCGGCGCGGCUGGCGGUGGUGGCGGCGGCCG